AAAUCUUAUUGCAGUUGAGGUCGUCCUUAUCGCGUUGAUAUAAGGUCGGUUUCCGAAUAUUCCCGACUAAAACCGAGCGAUUCGUUUUGUCCGACUCGCCGCGUCUCGCUUCCAUCGAAUCGUUAGUAUUCGGUCGAAUUCCGCGGUGGAAACACUAAUAUUUUGCAGACCAUGGACGAAGAAAAGCUUAUAAAUUUGGUGAAAGAACACGGAGAGCUGUACGACCCGGCGCACAGACAGUACCAAGACCAGCUCAAGAGGGAGCUGGCUUGGAAGAAGAUCGCCAACAAGAUGAAGAUGCAAGCUCAUGAAUGCAAAGAAAGGUGGAAAAAACUACGUGAAAAUUACAGAAAAGCAAUUAAACUACGUCAAACACAGAAAGCUAAAGGCAUCAAAAAACUUAAACGCAUCAAACACGGACACUUGAUGACGUUCAUAGCUGACCAGAAAGAAAUAGAAUAUGAAGAAGUCGAUACUCACAGUGCCGGGCAUUCUAGGAAAACAGAAAUAUAUGCUGUAGAACCUAAUCCAGUAGAUCCACUAGUGCUAGAAAGGAACUACGAAACAGCCCCUAGAACUGACACAGUGGUAACUUUCUUCACUAAUUUAGGAGAGACAGUAAAAACCUUUCCGAAAGACGUACAAAUACGUGUGAAAAGGGAUAUAUUUAGAAUUAUCAACGAAGCAGAAGAAGAAGUGGUGAUGAACAAAUUCAAGUGGUGAUAAACAUGCAGUGAUUAGAAUUUAGUAAAUUGUCUAAUCUUGAAAACAAUGGCAUUAUUUUAUUUAGGUUAAAGCAGCAAUCCUUCAGUCUGCCACCUGCUUCGUGAAACUAGCAAGCUGAUUUUUGUUAAAUUUAAUUUCAUAGCUUAAAUUAAACGUUAAAACGUUUACGCAAUGAACAAUGUCAGAUUAAA